AUGUCGGCGCAGAGCCUGCUCCACAGUGUCUUCUCCUGCUCCUCGCCCGCCUCCGGUGGCACGGCCUCCGCCAAGGGAUCCUCCAAGAGGAAGCUGCGCCAGACUCGCAGCCUGGACCCAGCCCUGAUCAGCGGCGGUGGGAGCGAGACGGCCACCGAGGGCAGCCUACGAGGGGCGGCCUCGAGCCGCCUCUGUUCCCCCCAGCUCCUAGCCGAGAGCCUCGGUUCCCGCUCGGCGUCUUCUCCCAGGAGUCUAUCUUCCCGGACCACCCGGCUCCCACCUCGACCCCUUUGCUCGUCCUUCUCCACUCCGAGCACCCCGCAAGAGAAGUCACCAUCUGGUAGCUUCCACUUUGACUAUGAAAUCGCCAUGGGUCGUGGAGGGCUCAAGAAGAGCAUGGCUUGGGACCUGCCCUCGGUCCUGGCAGGGCCGGCUGGCGGCCGCAGCGCUGGGAGCAUCCUCUGGUCCUCUGCAGGAGGCCCCAACGGGCUUUUCACUUCUCCCCGGAGGUGGCUUCAGCAGAGGAAGUUCCAGCCUCCACCCAGCCGUCGUGGCCACCCCUAUGUCGUGUGCAAAUCUGAGGGUGACUUCACCUGGAACAGCAUGUCAGGCCGAAGUGUGCGGCUGAGGUCAGUGCCCAUCCAGAGUCUCUCAGAGCUGGAACGGGCCCGGCUUCAGGAAGUGGCUUUUUAUCAGUUACAGCAGGACUGUGACCUGAGCUGUCAGAUCACCAUUCCCAAAGAUGGACAAAAGAGAAAGAAAUCCUUGAGAAAGAAACUGGACUCCCUGGGAAAGGAGAAAAACAAAGACAAAGAAUUCAUCCCACAGGCAUUUGGAAUGCCCUUAUCCCAAGUCAUCGCCAAUGACCGGGCCUAUAAACUGAAGCAGGACUCUCAGAGGGAGGAGCAGAAGGAUGCAUCUGAUUUUGUGGCUUCCCUCCUCCCGUUUGGAAACAAAAGACAAAACAAAGAACUCUCCAGCAGUAACUCAUCUCUCAGCUCAACCUCGGAAACACCAAAUGAGUCUACAUCCCCAAAUACUCCAGAACCGGCUCCCAGGGCCAGGAGGCGGGGUGCCAUGUCGGUGGAUUCAAUCACUGAUCUGGAUGACAACCCAUCUCGACUACUAGAAGCUUUACAGCUCUCCUUGCCUGCGGGGGCUCAAAGUAAAAAAGAAAAAGCCAGAGAUAAGAAACUCAGUCUGAAUCCUAUUUACAGACAGGUCCCCAGGCUGGUGGACAGCUGCUGUCAGCAUCUGGAGAAACAUGGUCUCCAAACAGUAGGGAUAUUCCGAGUUGGAAGCUCAAAAAAGAGAGUGAGACAAUUGCGUGAGGAAUUUGACCGUGGGAUUGAUGUGUCCCUGGAAGAGGAGCACAGUGUCCACGAUGUGGCAGCUUUGUUGAAGGAGUUUCUAAGAGACAUGCCAGACCCCCUUCUCACCCGGGAGCUGUACACAGCAUUCAUCAACAUUCUCUUGUUGGAGCCAGAGGAACAGCUGGGAACCUUACAGCUCCUCAUCUACCUUCUACCUCCCUGCAACUGUGACACCCUCCAUCGCCUCCUCCAGUUCCUCUCCAUCGUGGCCAGGCAUGCCGAUGACAAUGUCAGCAAGGAUGGCCAAGAGGUCACAGGGAACAAAAUGACAUCUCUGAACUUGGCCACCAUAUUUGGACCCAAUCUGCUACACAAGCAAAAGUCAUCAGACAAAGAAUUUUCGGUCCAGAGCUCUGCCCGAGCUGAAGAGAGCACGGCCAUUAUCGCUGUGGUGCAGAAGAUGAUUGAAAAUUACGAGUCCCUGUUCAUGGUUCCCCCGGAUCUCCAGAACGAGGUUCUGAUCAGCCUGUUAGAGACAGAUCCUGAUGUCGUGGACUAUUUACUCAGAAGGAAAGCUUCCCAAUCAUCAAGCCCUGACAUGCUGCCGUCGGAAGUUUCCUUUUCCCUGGGAGGGAGGCAUUCAUCUACAGAUUCCAACAAAGCCUCCAGUGGAGACAUCUCCCCUUAUGACAACAACUCCCCAGUACUGUCUGAACGCUCCCUGCUGGCUAUGCAAGAGGACAGGGCCCCGGGGGGCUCCGAGAAACUUUAUAAAGUUCCAGAGCAGUACAUGCUGGUGGGCCAGUUGCCGUCGCCAAAGUCAAAGUCAAGAGAAAGUUCUCCUGGACCAAGGCUUGUAAAAGAUAUGUCAGAGGAGCCUUUCAAUAUCUGGGGAACAUGGCAUUCAACUUUAAAAAGUGGAUCCAAAGACCCAGGAAUGACAGGUUCCUAUAGUGACAUCUUUGAAAGCAGCUCCCUGCGACAGAGGCCUUGUUCCCUUUCCCAAGGGAACCUAUCCCAGCAUUGGCCUCGAUGUCAAGGGAGCUCCGCAGGGCUGGACAGCAGCACUCAGGUCCUUCGGAGGACUCAGACGGCGGCCACCAUGGUGCAAGGCCGUGUCCACCAUCCCACAUCGCGAGUCUACAGCACUCCCCCCAUCCAGGGUGGGGGUGGGGCGGCCAGGCGGCCAGUGGCCAGAUCUGAGCCACACUUGACCCUAAGCAGUGCUGAAGACCUCACAGAGGGCAAGCUGGACAGGGCCGGGCCGCAGAGCCGGGCCCAGCCUUCGCACCAGAGACCACGGGAGAGUGGCAGGGAUGACAGGAGGCCCCCUCCUCCAUACCCUGGACAGGGCAAGCUCUCCCGAGGAUUGGCCCAGCCAUCCAAUGAGCCUCCCUUGUGGAAGCUGCAGAGGCCCAAAGGCGGCUCAGGAACAGCCUCGGAGGGGAGAGGCCAGCGGGCAUCCCAGGAGCCUAAGGCCCCACUGAAAAAACUGGGAAGCGCCUACUCCCCCCACCCAAGCAGCGAGCACAACCGUCCGCACUUGGGGGACGCCAAUUGGCUCGACUGGCAGCGAGAGCGGUGGCAGAUCUGGGAGCUGCUGUCCACUGACAACCCAGACGCCCUCCCGGAAACGCUGGUAUGAGCCCACCCGCCAGCAGCUGGAGCCCACCCUGCCCACCACACACUUCCUUCUCGCCCAGAUGCCAACACGUGGCCGAUGGAGAUUGGACAUUUCCUUAUUUUUUUUCCUUCUUUUCACAUUUUUUUAAAACAACAAAAAAAGUAACACCAAGAGAAAGUAGAUCCACUGACAGAUGUUGAGCACUCCUACCCUCGCCACCUUAUGAUACAAUUCUAUUGCGUAGCCAGCCUUAGAAAAGGACAAAACCAGACAACCAUAUCCAACCUAAAAAUUACCCACAUUGGCUCUCUAUAAAAUUCUUACUUUCAUAUAGCUUUGUUGUAUUUAUGUGUCUUCAGUUUUGACUAUUGUAUAUUCUGUAACAGAUUAUGUAUGAUCUAUUCACAGAGAAGACAAAAAGAACCAUUUUGAAAAUCACUUCACUUUCUAUUACACCAUGAGAUAUAAUACACAGCGAGAUUCUACAGUGUUCUAGAAUACCUACAAGUGGCUUUCUGUGCUUUUGCCAUAGCUUUUUAACUGGGGUGACAGCCCUUCCUUCAAUACCUAAGGAAAACACCAACCAACCAAACCAAACCAAGAAGCCAUAGUUUUCUAGCACAGUGAAAUUAAAAAGAAUUAUAAUCUCUGAAUGUGUUUUUCAUAUGGAGAAAGUUUAGGGAAAACAUUAAAUUUGGUAUAUUAUGAAAUAUAUUUUCAGAACCCCUUUAGAAAAGAUUCAGUUAUUCAGAUGAAAGUCCAUGCCCACCAAAGAAGUUAUCUAUUCCAACUUAAGUUAAAUUCAAUUUUAUGUAGGCCAUAAAUAGUUAUGACGUACGAGUUUUUGUGUUGUUCAAAACUACAAACUGGAAUCCAACUAUAAAAUGUUAGACUCUAAAUACACAUUAAAAUUAUAGAACAUUGCUUUUCUCUUUGCCUUGUAAUCAGUAUUGGUCAGUUAUAUGCAAUUCUUUGUAAAUUAAAUCGUAUUUGAGAGAAAAAAAAAAAAACCACUCUAGCUUUGUACUUACAUUGUGCUAAAGGCAGAGAAAACAUUUCCUUCAGUAAUUUUAUGUGUAUUGUAAAGUGUUCGUACUGUACUCAGUAAUUUGAUGUUUUAUUCAACUCCAAAAAAACAUUUUUGGUCAACAGGUGGCAAAUUGGCAAAUUGCUUCAGUGUUUUCAGAGUUUUGUUUUUCCACUUCAGAAGGGAAUGUGUAUUAUUGAAAAUUAUAGAAAAUGAUUUUUUUAUAAAAUGCGCUACUUAAAUUUCAUGUUAGCAAUGAAAAAUUUCAGUGGUGUUUUCUUUAAAGUUCUGUCUUGUGCCUGAUGAAUAAAAGUUAAGCAAAAGCUUU